CGCGAACGAGAAAGGGAGUUUUCUAGAUUCGCUGCUCCAGCGCUAGCUUGUACCGGAAGCUCAAAUCCCCUUGUGGCCAACGGGUCUUCCGAGGCAAGUUGAUCGGCGAAUCGUACGGGUGGUGUUGAUCGUGCUCUGUAGGUAGUGUCAGUGCAAGUGUACGUGAUCGAGACCGUGAUUGUCCCGUGGAAACGGUGAAAAGUACGAGAUCGCAAUCCGGAGAUAAAUUGCAACCGAUCCCAGGAAUAAUAAUCGGUUCACGGCGCAGUGAAUUACGUGUACACUACUUCGGUACUAGUGCUAUUCUGUGUGCGUGUUUGUCACUUCUUUUUUAUCCUGUGAGGUGUUCCUAGCCGCUGCUGUUUUGUGUCGUGUGAUUUUCUAGUGCCGCCUCUGCUAGGGUGGAGGAGUAAAGUAAACGCGGUGAACGAAGAGAAAGGGCCUGUACGUCAAACGUCAUUCACACGAUGUCGUCAUCCGGCGAUUUUGGAAACCCGCUGCGGAAGUUCAAGCUCGUAUUCCUCGGUGAACAAAGCGUGGGCAAAACAUCGCUAAUCACCAGGUUUAUGUACGACAGCUUCGACAACACAUACCAGGCCACGAUCGGUAUAGACUUCCUUUCGAAAACGAUGUAUCUAGAGGACCGGACAGUGAGAUUACAGCUGUGGGAUACCGCCGGCCAGGAACGGUUCCGCUCGCUGAUACCAUCCUACAUCCGUGAUUCAACCGUAGCAGUAGUUGUGUACGACAUUACAAAUGCGAAUUCAUUUCACCAAACAUCGAAGUGGAUCGAUGACGUGCGAACGGAGCGCGGUAGCGACGUUAUCAUAAUGCUAGUGGGAAACAAAACCGAUCUCUCCGACAAGCGCCAGGUGUCGAUGGAAGAAGGCGAACGGAAAGCGAAAGAACUGAACGUAAUGUUUAUCGAAACUAGCGCGAAAGCCGGCUACAAUGUUAAGCAGCUUUUCCGAAGAGUUGCGGCCGCCCUGCCCGGCAUGGACUCGACCGAGAACAAACCACCAGAAGACACCGUGGAUCUGCAAACUCAGCCGUCGAACUCGGGCGAUCAGCAGGAUUCGGAAGGUGGCUGCAUGUGUUAAGGUACGCACUGCCGGCGUCAUCCAACGGAUGGGCUUAGGGAGAGAAAGAGAGGACACAAACUGAUACCCCUAAUUUUAGAGUGUAACAUGCGCAGCAACGCCGCUCAGCGAGCAACAUUAGUAGAAGAAGCAGCAACGCAGUGGCAUCAGCAGUGGCAGAAGUAGUGUACUUUGCAAAGUUGUUAUUCAUGUUUUCCAUACACACAUCCAGCUUUGUUCAGUUGUACGCUUUCGAAUCAGACGAAUCCGAUCGUGUCGUUGGAAGAAAACGUUUCUGCGUCAUAAAAUCAAUUUAAUUAUGUGUAUGUGUGUGUCGAGUAGGCUAUGCUUGAAUGUUGCAUUUACGAGCCAUGUGGAUGCACAAAAACUUUGUUGGAAGCUUACGCCUGAUGACUGCAUAGUGUUUGGAAACAGGAACGCAGUUAUGUUAGUUUGCAUGAAACGAAAACCGAAUUCGCGCGUGUGGUUCAAAAUCAAAAACUUAAUGUUGUGAAAAUGUUUCAAGCUCGUUCUGAUGAAGAAAACGUAAUUCGAGUUUCAACUUUGUCAAGCGAUACGUUCCAGGCAAAUAAAGAGUGAGAAACGCGGCCUGCUAGGAAGCAGCAUAUUGACAUUUUGAUCAAAGCAAACUGUUCGAAAAACAUUGGUGAAUUAAAAUUAUCGCAAUGAAACACGAACGCGGACUGGAGAAGCGAAAAAUUAGAAAAGAUUUCGGAGCGCCAAGCGAACAACUCAAUUACCGUGUGAGAUUUGAAAACGCAAUCCAGGGAAAGGAAAACAGAUAAGCAUUAAUUUAUUCACCCCAACUCUAGUAAUGAAUUUACAAUAGGAAACCACGUUUGAACAGUUGCUGACAAGAUAAAUAGAAGAACUGAUUUCACGUGAUGAUAAUAGGGAGGCUCAGCAGGAAAUAAAUGCGUGCAUC